UGCGGCGUCAUCCGAGCGGGCCUAGGCGACCAGCGGCGUGAGGGAGCGACGCAAUGGCCGCUUAGGGACCGGUGGGAGACGGAGGCGGCUGUUUUCUGGGCGAGGAGAAGGAGGAGGAGAAGGACGGGAAGGAGCUUCUUUUUGCCGCCAGGAUGCUUGAAGGGCUGAGGCGGCUUCAGCUGCUCAGGUGGCGGCAGCGACGGCGGCGGCAGCAGCAGCGACCGGGAUAACUUAUAACAGAAGUCAAAAGCCUUGUGUAUUGCUCCAUGUUUACUCUUGCCUGGGUUGAUGACUUGAAGCAUUACUAAAAUGCACCAGAAACUCUUGAAGAGCUCUCAUUACAUUGAGCUGGGAAGUUAUCAGUAUUGGCCUGUUCUCGUUCCUCGAGGAAUUCGUUUAUACACCUAUGAACAGAUUCCUGUGUUCCUUAAGGAUAAUCCUUACAUCACUGACGGCUACAGAGCAUACCUGCCUUCUAGGCUGUGUUUAAAAAGUCUGUUCGUUUUGUCCAAUGAGACAAUUAAUAUCUGGAGUCAUUUGCUGGGCUUCUUUCUCUUCUUCACUUUGGGCAUAUACGACAUGACUUCUGUGUUGCCUUCUGCGAAAGCUUCUAGAGAAGAUUUUGUUAUUUGUUCUAUUUGUCUUUUUUGCUUUCAGGUCUGUAUGCUUUGCUCAGUAGGGUAUCACCUCUUCUGCUGUCAUCGCUCAGAAAAGACCAGUCGAAGAUGGAUGGCUUUGGAUUAUGCAGGAAUUUCGAUUGGGAUCCUAGGCUGCUAUGUGUCAGGAGUUUUUUAUGCAUUUUACUGUAGUAAUUACUGGCGUCAAGUAUACUUGAUCACGGUGCUGGCUAUGAUCUUGGCAGUAUUCUUCGCUCAGAUUCACCCCAAUUACCUCACUCAGCAAUGGCAUCGGCUGCGCUCGGCCAUCUUCUGCUCUGUGUCAGGCUACGGAAUUAUUCCCACCAUCCACUGGAUUUGGCUUAAUGGAGGCAUCACGGCAUCUAUUGUACAGGAAUUUGCUCCCCGCGUGAUUGUGAUGUACUUAAUAGCCGUCACAGCAUUUCUCUUCUAUAUUUCUAAAGUCCCAGAAAGGUAUUUUCCAGGACAGCUAAACUACCUCGGCUCCAGCCACCAACUUUGGCACAUUCUUGCUGUGGUGAUGUUAUAUUGGUGGCACCAAUCAACCAUGUACAUCAUGCAGUACCGACACAGCAAGCCUUGCCUGGAUUAGAGUAACGCACCCAAAGUGCAUCAAGAAUGUCAUCCUUGUACCGAAGUUUGGACAUUGAAUGUCUGCAUUUCAUGCUGAUUUCAGGAGCAACAGCCUGAGUUCUUGUUGAAUCCUCUUUUCUUUUAGGAAUAGUAUGUUAAUAGGCACUCCUGAUAUCAUUGAUCUCCAUCAUCUGAGUAACUUUGUCCACUUAAGGAGGUUUGAAAGAACUGCAGAUAACUCCGUCAUAUAUAAACAACUUUUCUUUGAACUACUGACAUAUAUAAAUUAUAAUAAAACUUGGAUGUGGGGACUGUUUAUGCUAUCAACAAGAAAAGUUCUCCAUAAUGCAUGCAUGUGACGUUCUUAUGACAUUUGCAUGCCAGGAUCUCACUUGAAAAUCCAUGUUAACUGUACCUUUUUAAUGUGCUCUGUGUUGUUGCGCUGACGUUUCAUUUGAAAAAAAAAAAUUCAAAUGUAAUACAGAUUUUUUUUAUUGGAGUUCCUUUUCCUUUCAAUAAAAGAGUCUCCAUAGAUUAUCGCAGGGUAACUUUUAUCUUCAAACCAAGAGUUGGACCCAUCAGUCAAUUUAGAAUUAAAUCAUCGUUUUCUAAUUUUGGGAGCUUGUAGUCAAUGGGUCAAACGUGUGACAAGGGUCAAAAGAUUUUAGACUCGACUACAAAUUGCUUCAAGUAACACUCGCCACAAAAGUGACCUGCUUUCUACUACUUGGAUAAGUGGAAUUCUUCUGAGCCAUUCUUCAGGAUAGUACCUGCCUAAUGCCAAACACAAAGUGCUUGCUUGUGCCUUGACAGCACUUCCUGCUGCCCUGGAAAUUUUGGAAGAAAGAGGUAAAUUCAGCCAAUGCAGAAAAGAAUAUCUGACUAGCAGUGUGGCCAUCUCGGGUUUUGAGAUUCCAGCAGCCAUGUCUUCACAACCUGGUGCCAAAAAGGGAUUUGCAAAGAAUGAAGGAAGGUAAGAAGCAUUUGAGUUACAGUCUGUCGGUUGCAAAUACUGGUAUAGAAUUGGAGAGGGAGGGAAAAAUAGCAUUUAACGUGCAACAAAAUCUAAGUUACUAAAAAACUGCUUGAAAAACCCCUGGAGAACCACAGUACUUCUCUCCUUGCCUGUAACUUCCCUCUCUUUAUUUUCUGAUCAUAUUGUCUGAUCUUGCCCUGGGGAAGUUUCAAAAAAGCCCAGGUAAUUCUACUUUUAAUGUGUCUUCUGCUAAGUGUUUGGGGAAAUUUUCAUGUGUGCUUACAAGUUCUUUUCAGCAGUUCUUCCCAUUCUGAAAAUUGUGCUGCAAUGCACAUUAUGUCAGGUUUCGAUGCUAUCUCAAAAUAAAUGAAUUUCCAAACUGCC